AUGACUGCCAAUCAAAAUGUGCUUAUUCCCGUGAAGCUUGAUGCUUUUGUUCUCAACGACGCGGUCUGCCAAGGGGGUCCGGGCAAGGCGAAAAUAGCUCCCAUAUCCCAGCCUAACUACACUUUCCUCCGUUUGGAUGACUCUUAUCUUCAGUCAGACAUACUCAACGACGUCGACAUCCACACCAUUGCGCCAAAUCCAGGCGGCCAUCAAACAGGAGCGGACUUGAACUCGCGGAUCACGGAUCUCGGAUCGGGGGUGAGGCGACCGGGGCGACGCGGCAUCUAUCUGCACUGGACGAUUCCGCGCAUCUAUCGCAGUGGCGCGACCAGCACCGAGGACAGGGGCAAGGACUCUCGCGGCCUACCAGACUUCCCGGAAGUUCCGACAAGAUGCUCAUGGGCUCUUCGAACGAACUCUUCCCAGACUCAGACCCACUGCUCCAACGUGUUCUCCAUCGUCGACAACUUCUGCUUCGACGACAAGAAGAACCUGUAUGCAACGGCUGCCAAGUGUAGCUAUUCGAUCAUCGGCUGGAACUCAAAGAGCCCGAGCGAUAUCAUGGCACUCAAAAAGACCAAAGAGGGCUGGCAGACGCGUCAGCAGCGUUUUCAAGAGCUUAACGUCAAGAUCAAAGGGUUUCAGAAGUUUCCCGAACCCAUGGCUGAGUAUCCAAAAGAGAUUGCAGAUUGGUUUGCUGCCAGCACUGAAGCAGCACAGACUGAGACUCGGGCAGUCUGUCACGGCGCCAUGUAUGACGUGACGUGGGAUUUCAACAAAGCUCCGGACAACGUGCAGGCCGAUCAAUAUGCGCAUCUCUUAGGAGGACAGCAACCAGUAGCCAUUGGAACAACACCCAUGGACGCAUUGAUGGCCUACGCUGGAGCCCAUGAGAAGGUUGACAAGGACACUCCCAAGGGGCAAGUUGAGGCAGCGCUCAAGCGCCUCGAGGCUAUCUUGUUGAGUCGGGAUGAUGGCGUCGAGUCUCAUGUCCAGGCAUCAGACCUGAUGUACAACUGGAACUUUGCGCGCUUUGACGGCGGAGACCAGUACCACGCAGCGGCCAGUGGAGACAAGGCAACGGGUGAGAAACCAGCAUUGCCCGAGGAUAAGCAAGACGAUCUCGUUGAGCUGAACCGCUACUGCCGGCUCAGAGAUGCGGCGAAGAGACGGCUCAAGGCAGGGAGACUUGCGGUCUUCUCCAAUUGGUGGCUUGCCGUGACAAAAGCACAGAAGGACGCUGACAGCAGACACGAGGUAGACCGUCUGGUUGAAGAGAUUCAAGUGCUGUCAAAGACGGUAGACGACUUCGACAGAAUCAUUGAGGACAAAUCUGGUAAUGACCCACAGCAUCCGAACAAAGUCAAGGACUUUGAAUGCGGUGUUCACCCUCCCUUUGCACAACAACGAGAUCCGACUCUGCUCGUCGGUGGAGUGCGUUCUGGUUGGGAGAUCGACUACCUGCUGGCCCUUCUGGUGCGUCUUGAUUGCCAAGUCAUGAAGCCAGCCACUGUCGGAGAUGAUGCACCAUGGGCUGCGUUCUUCAAAAAUGUCGUGGACGCCAAGCUGCCUAGCUGGAUGCAGGAGUCUACCAAGAAUCUGCUGCGCGAGUUUAUGCUUCUUCGCGACCGCCGUCAGGACAGUGAUGACGGUCAUCCUGACGAGCCAAGCGAACUCGCCGAACGAGGCUUGAUAGAUGGAUCAAUGCUCCCCCUCAGGGAGCUUGGGGAGACUGUCACCCGCCCGCCUCUUCAAUCGGAGAUUCCUCUUUUCCAUGAUCGUCUGGGUAGAGACAUCAAAGGCGAAAAGGUAUGGCGCGACGACUGGAACGGGACACAGCCUUGGUUCCCGCUGUUCCUUGAGUGGGAAACUCAGUACGUUCAUGUUUCGCACAAUGACUGGGAAAUGUCAGAUUCCAGAUGGUGGCACAGCGAAGGAGCCAAAACGCACUAUGGCAUCAAGAAUGGCGUGGAUCUCGCGCAGACUUACUCCAAGUCAGAGGACCGACGCUCGUUCUCGGGGCGCAUCCUCAUCCUACCUCAACCAAGUUUCAGUAUAGAGACGAAAAUCACUCAACUGCUAUUCGACACACUUCCUUCGCAGCUGAACGAGUAUCUCCCACAAAAAGAACGAUGCAAGCUGGUAGAAAAUUUGCACAAGUUGCAGUUCCUCUCGGCACCGCUCAGCGGCUUUAAUGGCCAUCUACAAACCGUCGAGCAGGGGAAUCAUGUCAAACCAUCUAUCCGGGAUCCCAAGGAGGGAACCAUGGAGUUCCUUCGCGAGGCUCAGCGUCCUGAUGCUGGUUUCAAGGGUAAACAGAUGGCUUCCAUGGGAAUAGAGACAGAUGUGACUCCAUACGGAGCUGCAAAAAAGUCAAUCUCGGGUCCAGACGGACCGUCAUCUUUCAAACCCGUCAUUCACGGCCAGUUCAGACUGAACAGGGUCAACAUUGUUGACAAAUUCGGCCAAGUCGUCCAUCUCUUAGACCCGACGCCGGUGCCAGACAAUGCGCCACCAGAAGAGGUGCCGAGGGCCUGGCCCUGUCUCAGCGACUGGUACUCACCAGGCUUCAAGGUGAAAAAAGGCGGACGCCUGCUCCCCAACACUGUGGAAGAUGCUUUAGAUGAGGCAGACCCGAAGUGUGAAUUCGUCCAGGUCCCGCCGCAGAUCAACCAGUCCGCGCGCAUCAACGCCUGUUGGGCCGUACCAGCAGAGCCAACCGCCAAGACCGCCAGUUCAGAGAGUCCUGUGGCUGCUGAUAAACCCAAAUUCAGGAAGCCAUUCUGGCGAGCAGCGCAUGACUGGGACUCUCCGAUCUGGGGCUGGGUAGUUGUCAACUAUGCCAACUACGGCCUCCAAUUCUUCCUACCUUCCGGUGCUUUUUAUCGCGAAGUUCGGCUGGGAGGCCCCAACGGAGCGCUCACGUCUCCAGACUGGCUGCCAUUCCAGGAGCCGGACGACCCUGAUGGCACAGACAGAGGCGGACCAGUAGAUGGAGGUGUUGCAGCCAGGCAACUUGCCAGGCUGGUACAGACGGUGGCUACCACCGAAGGCUACCUGCAGCCCUUCAUGGCCAUGCUGUCAGCUGCAAGCGCCAGCACAGGCACUGCUGCACCGAGUGCGUAUUCCGAGUUCAAGAGCGCGCUCAUUGGAAAGCCUCUCGCCUUGGUCAACAUGGGCUGGUCGCUGGAGCUAGCUGUGCCGCAACAGGAAAGCCAGCUCGUCGGGGAUGGCCCCGUGCGCAAGAAGCUGUACAAGUCGACGGCAACAAGGGCUACCCCCGGCCCAGGAUGCGAGCGUGAUGAGGCGUACGAUGCCUCCUUCUAUCGAUUUCCGGUCAAGCUCGGAGACCGGGAGCGAGGGUUCGACGGGCUUGUGGGCUAUUUCAAACCCCUGUCCGCUCUCAAGCCCGGGGAUGCUUUGGAUCUAGACUCGAUCUACACACACUUCUCGCCGCAAACGGUACUAUUUGAUGUCGAGCUGAACAAGAUGGCCAAGUCUGUGGGGACGAGCAAGGCCAGCCCGGUCGAGCAGAUAUCGCAGGAGAACUACCCCCGUCUCCCACCACACUACAUCGACCCACUCGGCCCCGACGGGGAUCACAUCUCCAUUGACGACUUCGACGACAUUGCGAAUGAGCAGCUCAAUGUCUUCGGUGCCAUUGUCGACCCUUUCUCUCCGGUCCACGCCUACUCGGCCAUCCUACCAGUCAAGGAACUCGUUCUGCCAAACUGGACUUGGCAGUCAGCCCUGGACAAGAUCUCGGCCUUCUUCCACAUAGGCCCUGUGCUGGUGACCAGCGACGUGCCCGAUUUUAUUGAGUCCAGGAGACUCGUGCAGGGGAAGCUGCCGCCAAAACUUGUGGCCAAGCAGAAAGGCGAGACGGGGGUGCUGCUGCCGGGCGGUUCCCUGGGUCAGUGGACUUGGCUUCAGCCGUACAUGGAUGAGGGUGCUAACGCCACCGUGGAGAAACAUGCCAGCAACACGAGUGGCGGCGGCGGCGGAGGCGGCGAUCAUGGGCAGCUGGAGAAGUUCAUGCCACUGGCAGUGGAUCCGGUGGACGGAACUUCGCGACUGGAACGGGGCCCAUACACAGCCCUCGAAGGAUACUUACAGAUGGCAAGCGGAGCCGCGGAUUGA